AUGACACAACCAAUGGAAACUAAUUUUGAUACUAUUACCCCCGCGAAUGAUAACAUUACCCCCGCGAAUAAUCCUGUUUCCAUCACGGAUUAUCAAAAUUUCAAUAUUGAUCCCUAUAGAUGUAUGCAUCUCAAGGAUAUGUCAGAAACAAAAACCUGGAUUCCAGCGUCAGCAAGGAGAAACAUUUUUGUUUAUCAACCUCUGAGUUAUCUUUAUUUCGUGAUUCGUCUCAUAAUUCAUUUGGUUCUUACCCUAUUCUUUAAUUGGACCUUUCCACUCGUGAACCCUUUGAAUUUCAUUGUUACAUUUAUCCUUUUUCCGGGGUUAGCAGUUGUUUUUUUCUUUGCUGAAAUCAUCUUUAGAAUAGUCAAUCAGGUUCGAUCAAUUUCAAAAUCUACCAAUACUGAUACACUUAAACUGUGGCAGUCGUUGAGCAAAUAUCAUGUUGAGGAUAACUUACGAAAAGGCCUUGAUUCAUUGAAUAAAGAUGUGGACGACUCAAACUCUCCAGAAUUUAAUAUUGAUAGAGCCGAGUUUUUACUAUGGGCAGAUGAAGCAAUUAUUUCACGUGAUGAGGGUUUGGUCGACAAAGCUUACCAGAAGAUUAUCAAACUUGACAAACUUAACGCCAGUGCUCAAAGUCGAGAAGUUCAAGAGAUUGUCAAGUUACUUGAUCAAAGUGAGGAGCCUGUUCGCGAACGAGCGAAGCAUUUCGGUUUAAAGUUUAUGUCUUUAACCGAAUGUAACAGUGUGGGUGGGCCUUACGCGGGAAUUUUCUGGAGUGAAGAUCAUAAUUUUAUUAUCUUGUCCUUUAAAGGGACCGAUGCACUUUCUCUUACACAAUGGUUGACAAACUUUAGCCUUCAUCGAAUGGAUGCACGACCUUACCUUUUUGGCGAAGUUCAUGAAGGGUUCUACACUUCUAUUUUUCCCGAUAACACUGAUGAUUCUGUAAAAUUUAAAAAUCAAUAUCCAGCUGUAAGAUUGACUGAAGCUAUAAAAACAAAAGCUGCAGAAAUAAAUGGUAGAACACAGGAACCAGUCAAUCUUUGGAUUUCUGGCCAUAGUCUUGGCGCGGCCUUGGCCAGUUUAAUGCAUGUCAGGAUUUUUGCGUCACCCGAUUCAGUGGGUGAAAAUGUUAACCUUCGUGGUACAUAUUUAUUUGCUUGUCCUUAUGUUGGAGAUAAUGAUUUUGCAGCUCAUUACAAGUUUUUGGAGAACCAACCAAAAAACGCAACAAAAAACUUGUGGAGGAUUAUAAACGAUAGUGAUGUGGUUCCAAGGCUUGCUCCUGGAUUUCAUUCCUCAACUUUAAGUCAUUACCUUACAAAGAUUGAUUUAUUUAAUUUCAUAGGAAUUGGUGAUGAAGUAAAAUUCUUUCAAGAUGGUGGCGAGCCCACAUCAAAAAGGAAUCUUUACAUACCAAAACCGGAAACUCUUAUUUUUCCAAAUCAAAAUUUUAAUUUCCCUAGAAUGAUUUCAUUCCUUGGAUUGACAGAAACCAAUGACCGAACGUUUUUGGAAAACUUUAAGAAUUUCUUUAAAUUCCGGAAAGACGAAGGAAUUUUACCGGUUGACAGGUUCAUACCUCUCCCAUUUCUCAAUCACUUUACUUAUAGGCACUUUGUAGUUAUGGAGAAAGCUAGGAAAUAUUGGGAUCGGGAUAAUGCUAAUGUUGACGAAAAUAUGAUACAAAAUCCUAGAAAUUCAAACCCCGUUUAA